CAUUUACAACUUUGCUUUACCAACGCAGCGUCGGAAGACUUUUAUUUUGACAUGCCGUCAAAACCGGAAGUCCUAAAGGAACUCCGGGCAGCAGUUUCCGGUGAGGAGAGGCGAGUGCAGCUGUGAGGAUUUCUCUAUGAUGGCGUCUGCGGAGCCGGACGCCGACCUGCAGAAGGCGUGUGCUGCAGCGGAGACGCCGUGUAAGGAGACGUCUCCGGACUCGAAGUGUCCGAUCUGUCUGGACCGCUUCAGGAACUUGGCGUACGCGGACAGGUGUUUCCACCGGUUCUGUUUCCGCUGCAUCCUGGAGUGGGGGAAGAACAAAGCCGAGUGUCCGCUGUGUAAGCAGCCCUUCGGCUCCGUGUACCACUCGGUCCGGUCCGAGGACGACUUCAAGCUGUACGAGCUGCGUCCGGCCGAGAACGGCUCCUUCGGCUGCGUGCAGGGUCAGAGGUUCCGCUACCGGACCACGCUAACACACGAGCGCCGCAGGGAGGGACGGACACGUGGGCGCUCUCUCCAACAGGAAGUGAUGCGUUUCCGGCGCUGGCUGUACCGGCGUGGCGUGCGGGUGCGCGGCGUUCGAGACAGCGGUCGUUCCCGGGACACGUCUGCAGAAUUCUUUCGGAAAAACCCGGCGUGUCUGCACCGACUGGUUCCGUGGCUGAAGCGGGAGCUGGCGGUGCUCUACGGAUCACACGACUCGGUUGCUGACGUCGUUCUUCACGUGAUAUUGUCUCUGAUCACACGUCAUGAUAUGCAAGAUGAGGCCUUCCUGCGGGAACUCCGCCCCUUCCUGUCAUCACGAACCGAGCACUUCCUGCACGAGUUCCUGAGUUUCGCGAAGUCACCGUUCAACAUGGAAGCGUACGAUCGCCACGCUGUUUACGACUGCCCCGCCCCCUCUCACCUCCCUGCCGUUUCAGAGGACGAUGCAGACCUAGGCUCCGCCCCUUCACCCUGGGAUGAUGAAACUCCAGGUCCGAGCUAUUCCAGCGCCACACAGAGUGUGUUUACCGUAACCAUUAGUGACUCGGACGUAGACAGCGCAAGUGAAGAAGAAGAGACUGUAAGUGUUAACGCUAACGCUGCCGCUAACAUUAACGUCAGUAGCGCUCGAGUGGAUGAGGACGAUCACAGCAGCGACGGAGACUGCGUCAUCAUAGGCUUCAUCAAACCCACCUCCCAGCGGACCCCUGAGCUCGUCCAGCUGUCUUCUGAUUCUGAAGCGUCAGUGCAGGAAGGGCCUUCUACCUCCAACCAAUCAGACGCAAGAGAUCUGACCAAUCGGAGAAGCCGGAAUACAGACGAUGUGCCCUCCCACUCUGCUACAAAACACUCGAAGAGUAAGCACAGGGACAGGGACAGGGACAGGGACUAUUCCUCACACGGCCACAGGCAGCGCUCUCGCUCUCUCAGCUAUAAGGACAGAAGAAGAAGCAAAGCGACCAAUCACAGCUCUCCGUCCCACACACGCUCACACACACGCUCACACACACAACACAGACGCAGCAGAUACUACAGCCGAGACACGCCACGGCGAUCACGUGCACGCUCGCGAGCUAAAACUCAUUCACGCUCGAGGUCUAGAACUCAUUCGUUCUCUAGGACUAGGACUCGUGCACGCUCACGAUCUAAAACUCGUGCACGCUCACCCUUUAGAACUCAUACACGCUCAUGGACUACGACACGUGCACGCUCGGGGUCGAGGACACAUGGACACUCGGGGUCGAGGACACGUGCACGCUCGGGGUCGAGGACACAUGGACGCUCGGGGUCGAGGACUCGUGCUCGCUCGGGGUCGAGGACUCGUGCUCGCUCCUACAGUGGAAGUUGGAGAACGCAAGCUUCUCUUCAGAACAGGAAACGCUCUGAGCGCCUCUCUGUAAGCCCCUCCCCUUCCUCACACAGAAGGUCAAGCCAUGACAAACCCUGUAGAAAGAAGAACCAUAAAUCCCUGCAUGGGGAGAGGAGGAGGAGGAGCAGAGAGAAUCAUCACCACCCUAAGAAGAAGAAGAAGAGGAGAAGGCGGAGCUCCAGCACGGAGGUCGGCGCUGAGCGUAGGAAGCAUCAUAAGAAGAAGAAAAAACACAAGAGAGAGAGGAAGAAUAGGAGUGAGAGGAUGGGGCGGGGCUCAGGGGCGGGAUCACCCACUUUCAUCACCAUCCACACUGACAGCGAGUCUGCUGAGGAGGCCACGCCCCCGAGAGACGCCGCAGCAACAAACAGCGAGUCUCUGAGUUCCUCAAACGGGGCCCCAACAUCCUGUCCGACCUGCGCAAACACCACGUCUCAUAACGGUACAGCCUCAGACUGUGCGUCCCACAAAACUCUGACGAAUGAUUCAGCGACAGUCAGCACAUCGUCACACGCCCCCUCCAACAUCACGCCUCCGAACGAUUCGCCGCAAACGCAAACCAGUCGAGCCUCAAACCCCGAGUCCGCGCGUCACGCCUCCACACCGCUGCAGAGUACUGAAGCUGCUCUCCUCCUUUAAUAACUCAGAUCAUUACACAGUCAUUACUGCCUCUAACAGAUUUAAUGCAUAAAAUCAUAUAAACUGUCACAAGACAAUCCAGAUUAAAGUGUUUAAAGUGGGUUGUGUUGCCAUGGAGACAGCUGCACAAUCAGACUGUUCUUUUAAAUCAUUACCACACUGAGGCUUCGAACAUCACAGUGCUGCUGAAUCUAUUUUUAAAAGCCAGAUGAAGCACUUAUUUUUGCCUGUAAAUAUUAAAGAUGAUUUGAAAUUCA